AUGACCCCCGUGACGUCACAAAGCCCGCGGGGAGAGAACGCGGCCCUUCCUCCUCGGCUCCCCUUCUGCCGGCCUCCCCCCGUUCCUCGCCUGCCCCCUCCCGACCCCUCCCUCUCCGCUUGCUCCCGGCUCCACGCCCGCCUUCCUUGUACCCACCCACCCGACCGCCCCGCAGCCAAUAGGGAGGCGAGAAGGGUCGGGGCCGCCCGGCGAGGUGCCAGAGCGGGGCCGGGGCUGGGGACAGGGCGGGGGCUGGGGCCCGAGUACCCGGGACCUGCGCCUCGGGCUGCGGGGAAGAGAAGGCGCGGGAGCCGCCGCCGGAGCCGGAGCCGCCCCUGUCGCCCUCCAGCUGCUGCUCCCCAGGGAGGAGCCGACUCCCCGGACGUGCCCGGAAUCCCGGUCAGAAGUUCCAGCCUGCCCCUAUACUCUGAUGCCAUGUCGGCGCCGACUCAGCUGCUUUUCCCCCUCAUCCGUAACUGUGAGCUCAGCCGUAUCUGUGGCACUGCAUGCUACUGCCACCACUCACACCUGUGCUGCUCCCCACCUCCCUUCCCUCUCAGUCGCCUGAGAUACACCCCUCAGAAGGCAUUCUCGACUUUCUGCCGGCCAAAGGAUCACUUCUGGCAGUAUACCCACACGAGGAGAUACGCUACCACCCCUCAGAGAUUUUACCUCACACCUCCACAGGUCAACAGUAUCCUAAAAGCCAACGAGUACAGUUUUAAGGUACCUGAGUUUGACGGCAAAAAUGUAAGUUCUGUUCUUGGAUUUGACAGCAAUCAGCUGCCUGCCAACGCCCCCAUCGAGGACCGCAGGAGUGCAGCAACUUGCUUGCAGACAAGGGGGAUGCUUUUGGGGGUGUUUGAUGGUCAUGCGGGAUGUGCCUGCUCUCAGGCAGUCAGCGAAAGGCUUUUUUACUACAUUGCGGUUUCUUUGUUGCCCCAUGAGACCUUAUUAGAGAUAGAAAAUGCCGUGGAGAGCGGCCGAGCCCUUCUACCCAUCCUGCAGUGGCACAAGCACCCCAACGAUUAUUUCAGUAGAGAGGCAUCCAAACUUUAUUUCAACAGUUUAAGGACUUACUGGCAAGAGCUCAUAGACCUGAACACGGGGGAAACCACUGAUGUCAAGGAGGCUUUGAUUAAUGCCUUCAAGAGGCUUGAUAAUGACAUCUCUCUAGAAGCACAAGUAGGGGAUCCCAACUCUUUCCUCAACUACCUGGUGCUGCGAGUGGCCUUCUCAGGGGCCACUGCUUGUGUGGCCCAUGUGGAUGGGGUUGACCUGCAUGUGGCCAAUACCGGGGACAGCCGGGCCAUGCUGGGGGUACAGGAAGAAGAUGGCUCAUGGUCGGCAGUCACCCUUUCCAAUGACCAUAAUGCACAGAAUGAAAGUGAAGUGGAAAGGCUAAAACUGGAGCAUCCCAAGGCUGAGGCCAAAAGCGUUGUGAAGCAGGACCGGUUACUGGGUUUGCUGAUGCCAUUCCGGGCAUUCGGAGAUGUCAAGUUCAAGUGGAGCAUUGAACUUCAGAAGAGGGUGAUAGAAUCAGGCCCAGAUCAGUUGAAUGACAAUGAGUAUACCAAGUUUAUCCCCCCCAAUUAUUAUACCCCUCCAUAUCUCACUGCUGAGCCAGAAGUAAUAUACCACAGGUUAAGGCCACAGGAUAAGUUUCUGGUGCUGGCGACCGAUGGUCUGUGGGAGACCAUGCACAGGCAGGAUGUGGUUAAAAUAGUAGGCGAGUACCUGACUGGAGUUCAUCAGCAAAGUCCUAUCUCCGUCGGUGGUUACAAGGUAACUCUGGGACAGAUGCAUGGUCUCUUAGCAGAAAGGAGAGCCAAGAUCUCCUCUGCAUUUGAAGAUCAAAAUGCAGCCACCCAUCUCAUUCGUCAUGCUGUUGGCAAUAAUGAGUUUGGGGCUGUUGAUCACGAGCGCCUCUCCAAAAUGCUCAGUCUUCCUGAGGAGCUUGCUCGGAUGUAUAGGGACGACAUCACCAUUAUUGUUGUCCAGUUUAAUUCUCAUGUGGUGGGAGCAUAUCAAAACCAGGAACAGUGAGUGACUAAAAAAUUAAGGCAAUUAGAGAAUGAAAAUAACAGGUUUGAAUGGUGAAGAUAUUAAAAAAAAAAAAUGAACUUGAGAAAUCCUUCCAGUGGGUCAGCCCAUCAAAUCAAGCAUUUACUCAUUUAAAAUCCUAACUAAUAGAAGUGUGCUUCUAGAAUUGGGGAGAAUGUCAGGAAAGGGCCUACUAAACUGACUUCUCUAAAGGUCUGAGAAAAAAAAAUGCUGCCUUAGCUCUGACCAGAUGUGGCCUCCAGUUGAUAAGGAAAAGAUACUUGGAGACCUAUCAAGUUCUCGUUAUGUGUCCUCUAGGGAGGAGAGGCUUAAUUUUACCAGUCUUUGAAAAUAGCUGUGACCUCAGGAUAGGACCUUGACUAGACAGAGUGAAAGGAAUUUGCUGGGUCUGUGCUUACUGUAGAAAGGGAGCAAAAUGUUAUUCAUUUGCAGCCUGAUUUUCUAUAAGAAAAAUAUCUGCUCUACCAAUGAACAAAACUGUUGCUUACUACCAUUUUAAAUUGUGCGCGUCCCUGUAUGUUUUUGUUUAUACAUUGUUCAUAUAACUCUUUCCAUUUAAAUAUGUUAAGCUGUGAGUUAGCAAAACUCAAGCAAUUCAAAUUUAUUCAACCAAUUUGGUUUUAUGACAUUUAAAUGAAAUGAUGCUUUUGGGGAAAAUGUAGCCAAAAUUUGUUCCCUUUCUGACCCACUUACCCUUUCCCCACCACUGCCCCAAUAUCAACUUCCUGUUGGAAUUGAAACAUCUAUUCUUACAGUGAUUUUAAGAAAACAAAAUUUUUGGUUCUCUCAUUUGUUACUGAUAAUAAACAGGAAAAAACAUUGCAUUUCUCUUGUAUGGUGUGAAAAGCUUGGUUCAGCUGCUUAAAGGAGUAAGAGACUUUUUUGACUCCUUUGAAAGAUGUAAGAUAUUUUUUUUAGACCAAGAAAGGAAAAAAACUCAAUUAUCCUCAAGAAUAUCCUCAAGAGCUUUAUACCCUCUGAGUUUAUUUUACAUCAAUGUUCUUUAUUAAAAGAUCUCCAACUAUGGCACGCUAUGAGAGUGGGGAUAGGCCCUUGUUUAUCAUAAAAUCACCAUUUUUUAAUUUUGGUGCUUCUCCAGAAAUUGUUCGCCAACUUUGUAAUUCAAAUCUGCCAUGUAUAUGGCAAGUUACAAAAGGUGGAGUGAGGAAAGGGACAUUUCAAUAUCACCAUAUAGAAAGGAAAGGGAAGAGCGUAUGUUGCCGCCUUCUGCUUCUCCCCUCCUCCCCUGAAAAAACAGGUCAAAAUGUAAACAUCCUUGGUUUGAACAUUACUAAAUGCUUUAUGCAUACUAUGGCUUGUAAAUAGAAAUGUAAAGAAAGAGAUGAAACACCUAAGGAAGGUAAUUACUAUGCAUGCCUGAUACUUAAUAUUGAUCACAGCAUCAUCACCCCCUGCCAUUUUCUACACCUGUGUCCCCAUGUGAUUUCAUUUCUGCUGACCAUAGAAGGAAAGGAAUACAAUCACAACGGAGGGAAAUAUAUUUGUGGUGGCACUUUGAAGCUUAUUUAGUGUAUAUCAUUGGAAAUUUCACUACUGGAUUUAAUUAUGAACUGUGGAUUUAUUUUCUCCAGUCUAAUAUCAGUGAAAAGACUAGCUGUGACUACAGUUGAUUGGCAGGUAGAUUUGGAUAUAAACUGUUCCCAGCUUUCAACAUGCAAUUAGUUGGGGAUAUUUAGUAAUAGAAUAAAAAUUGGACUAGAUGUGCAAGGAUUCUUUCUAGCCUUUGAGCAGUCAGGCUGAAAUAGUGUGGACUGCUAAAUUUGAUUUUGUUUAAAAACUCAAUCAGAAGGCUAGUAGCACAGAGUAAUUUGCUAUUUGAUUUCUGGGUAUGUUACAUAUUUAGUAUUCAGUGGUAUAAAAAGAGAAUCACUAAUGCAUUGUGUACUGUAGAAAUGGAGUUACAUCAACUGCUCUGAAUAAAACCACUGAAUAUCUAGUAAAAUCUUUGACAUUUGUAUAUAGCCCAAUGCUAUGUAAAUUUGGCUUCCCAUUGUCCUAACCAACAUGGUGGCACUUCCCAUCACUUUAUUAAAAACAGUCAUAUUUUGGUCUUCAAUUUGAAAGCUCAGUUCAUUUUCCCACCAAAGACGAAAACCACAGUUUGAAUUUUGACAGCUUUAGGAAUGAGAUAAAUUGGGUGUAAUUGGAGUGUAAUGCCAUCCAAAGCAACUGUGAUCUUACUGUAAUUUGUUGUCUCUGUGUUAUUCUUUAUGCAGAACUAAAAUUCUUGUAUAGGUAAAAAGACUUGUAUCUUUCCAGUUGCCUUGUCUCAUGUGUAAAGUACAGAAUUGUAUGUAAGCUGUUAAAGAAUUUAACCUUUCUUAAAUUUUUCUACUGUUUAAACUUUCUAGCAGCAUAUGCACUUAACUGCUGUAUUUAUAUCUAAUCAGUGGUUCAUUAUAGUAUUUAUAUUUUAAAAAAAGUCCUUAAUGAGUUAAAAAGGGAUCCUGGUACUAUAACAGUACUCAAUAGGAAAACAGCAACAACUUUGUUUCAUAACUGUACAGGGAUAUAUUAAAGUGUUUAUGACUUGGAGAAAUGUUGUUAGAAAUGUCUGGAGUGAAUUAAAGCAUCGUAACUGCUUUCCAAAUGCCUUGUGAUGUGUUUUAAGCAUAAGAAUAUCUUUUAAAACAA